GACCAUUUUCAGUCAGUCAAUCAAACUAACCGGCUGGACCGUUCUAUUAUUCUCUCCGUUUAAUCACAGACACCAAUUUUUCCGUCAUCGUUCACUGUCUCUCUCCCUGUGUUCAUCAUAUGAGCUUCCAUCCUCCAUAGCAAUUUACAGACUGUAUUGCUUUUUGUCGGAGGAUCAAGAAUUGAAAGAUCGAUGGAGUGGACGACAGUGCAGCAUUUGGAUCUGCGGCAUGUUGGUCGCAGUUCGAAACCUUUCCAACCUCACGCUGCCACAUUUCAUCCCAGUCAAGCGUUGGUUGCCGUCGCUGCUGGAAAUUACAUCAUUGAGUUUGAUGCAUACACUGGUAGCAAGAUAUCUUCGAUCAACAUUGGUGCUCCUGUAGUUCGAAUGUCUUAUAGUCCCACUAGUGGACAUGCAGUCGUAGCUAUACUUGAGGAUUGUACAAUCAGAUCAUGUGAUUUUGACACAGAGCAAACAUGGGUUUUGCAUUCACCUGAAAAGAAGAUGGAACGUAUUACAAUCGACACAGAAGUCCAUCUGGCUUUAACCCCUCUACAACCAGUAGUUUUCUUUGGUUUCCAUCGCAGGAUGAGUGUAACAGUUGUUGGAACUGUUGAAGGAGGAAGAGCACCAACAAAAAUAAAGACAGAUUUAAAGAAACCAAUUGUGAAUCUUGCUUGCCAUCCACGCCUUGCUGUGUUGUAUGUGGGCUAUGCAGAUGGUUUGAUUCGAGCUUAUAACAUCCAUACAUAUGCUGUUCUCUACACUUUACAACUUGAUAACACCAUUAAGCUGAUUGGUGCUGGAGCCUUUGCUUUUCAUCCGACUCUAGAAUGGAUUUUUGUUGGUGAUAGGCGUGGUACUCUUCUUGCUUGGGAUGUUUCAACUGAAAGACCUUUCAUGAUUGGCAUAACACAAGUGGGUUCACAACCAAUUAUAUCAGUUGCAUGGCUUCCUAUAUUGUGUGUACUUGUUACCUUAUCCAAAGAUGGAAGUCUUCAAGUUUGGAAAACAAGAAGUGCUGCAAAUACCAAUAGAACUCUAGUUCAAGCUAACUUUUUCGAGUCUGCAUCAAUUGAACAGAUUGAUAUCCCACGUCUGCUAUCACAGCAAGGGGGUGAAACUGUUUAUCCAUUACCAAGAAUUAGAAGUCUUGAAGUCCACCCAAAGUUAAAUCUAGCAGCUUUGAUGUUUGCAAAUAUGACAGGUGGCGACAAUGCAAAAAAUAAAGCUGCUUACACUAGGGAAGGAAGGAAGCAACUUUUUGCAGUUUUACAAAGUGCAAGGGGAUCUUCAGCAUCUGCAAUUAAGGAGAAACUUUCUGCCCUUGGAUCAUCAGGAGUUUUAGCAGACCAUCAACUUCAAGCCCAGUUACAAGAGCAUCAUACAAAAGGGCCCAGUCAGCUUACAAUCUCGGACAUAGCACGGAAGGCUUUUCUUUACAGUCAUUUCAUGGAAGGACAUGCAAAAAGUGCCCCAAUAUCACGCAUGCCUCUUAUCACCAUUUUAGAUACUAAAAAUUAUCUGAAAGAUGUUCCAGUUUGCCAGCCACUUCAUUUGGAGCUAAAUUUCUUCAGUAAAGAGAAUCGUGUUCUUCAUUAUCCCACAAGAGCUUUUUACAUAGAAGGUGUAAACCUAAUGGCAUACAAUCUCUCUACUGGAGCCGAAACUAUCUACAAGAAACUUUUUCCAUCGAUGCCUGGACAUGUUGAGUUCCAUGGAAAGUAUUUACUCCACAGUAGAAAGCAACACUUGUUUCUUGUGGUUUAUGAGUUUAAUGGUGCUUCUAGUGAAGUUGUACUUUAUUGGGAAAACACAAACUCUCAAUCAUCCAACAGUAAAGCCAAUACAAUCAAAGGUCGAGAUGUUGCAUUUAUUGGGCUAAAUGAUGGACAAUUUGCCAUUCUUGAUGAAGACAAAAUUGAACUUUCUGUAUAUACAUUACCUGGAGGCUCUCCAAAACCAGGUGCUGAAAAAAACAUGAUAGAUGAUCAAAAACCAUAUGAAGAACUUGAUGUGUCUUCUAUCAAGGGCCCACUUCAGUUUACUUUUGAAACUGAAGUUGACAGAAUUUUUUCGACUCCAAUUGAGUCAACUUUGAUGUUUGCAUGUUUUGGGGACAAAAUUGGAAUGGGAAAGCUUGUUCAAGGAUACAGCAUUGCUACUAGUGAUGGACCUAAUAUGUCAACAAAAGGUGAAGGGAAAAAGUCUAUCAAGUUGAAGCCAAAUGAGAUUGUUUUGCAGGUUCACUGGCAAGAAACUCUUAGAGGCUCUGUCGCUGGAAUAUUAACUACACAGAGAGUACUCAUAGUCUCUGCUGACCUUGAUAUUCUUGCAAGUACUUGUACAAAGUUCGACAAAGGCCUUCCUUCAUAUAGAUCUCUUCUUUGGGUGGGGCCCGCUCUUUUAUUUUCCACCACCACUGCCAUCAGUGUUCUUGGGUGGGAUGGAAAAGUGAGAACCAUUCUUUCCAGCAGCAUGCCUAAUGCAGUGCUAAUCGGGACUUUAAACGAUAGAUUAUUGCUUGCAAAUCCAACUGAAAUAAAUCCAAGACAAAAAAAGGGCUUGGAUAUAAAACACUGUCUUGUAGGGCUUCUAGAACCUCUUCUUAUUGGUUUUGGCACCAUGCAACAAAAUUUUGAACAGAAGCUUGACUUGUCAGAGAUAUUAUACCAAAUAACAUCAAGGUUUGAUAGUUUACGGAUUACUCCAAGAUCUCUUGAUAUUCUUGCGACUGGUGAACCUGUGUGUGGUGAUCUUGCUGUAUCGUUAUCACAAUCAGGGCCUCAGUUUACUCAGGUGCUACGAGGAUCAUAUGCAAUCAAGGCGCGUCGCUUUUCAACCGCUUUAUCUGUUCUAAAAGACGAAUUCCUCCGAUCAAGAGAUUACCCACAAUGCCCUCCAACUUCCCACUUAUUCCACCGCUUUCGUCAACUCGGAUACGCCUGCAUAAAGUAUGGUCAAUUCGACAGUGCAAAAGAAACAUUCGAAGUCAUAUCCGAUUACGAAAGCCUACUCGAUCUAUUCAUCUGCCACCUCAACCCUAGUGCAAUGCGACGCCUUGCUCAAAGACUUGAAGAAGAAAACACCGAUUCAGAAUUAAGACGCUAUUGUGAAAGAAUAUUAAGAGUCCGUUCCACCGGUUGGACCCAGGGUAUUUUCGCCAAUUUCGCUGCUGAAUCCAUGGUUCCUAAAGGACCCGCAUGGGGCGGGGGCAAUUGGGUAAUUAAAACACCCGCGAGCACAAAAAGCAUCCCCCAAUGGGAAUUGGCGGCUGAAGUUAUGCCGUAUAUGAGAACAGACGACGGCAGUAUCCCCUCGUUGUCAACCGACCACAUCGGAGUUUACCUCGGAUUAAUCAAAGGCAGGGGUAAUAUCGUCGAAGUUCGCGACGAUAGUUUAGUGAAAAUUAAAGAUAAUAAUAAAAUUGUUGCUUCCACGUCUGUCGUUGCUUCUACUUCUAAUGACACGUCAUCAUCUCAAUUGAUGAACCUUGAUUCUCUUACGAAGGCGGAUUCGAGCGUAGAACAGGCAAAAGCCGAAGAGGAAUUUAAGAAAUCGAUGUAUGGGACAGCUGGCGAUGGAAGUAGUAGCGAUGAAGAAGGUGUUUCCAAAACUAAAUUGCGUAUAAAGAUAAAGGAAAAAACCGCUGCUCCUGUUACUGUGGAUUUGGAUAAAAUUAAGGAAGCGACUAAACAGUUUAAAUUAGCUGAUGCUUUGGGUGCACCAAUUAGAACUAAAUCAUCAGCCGGAAUGAAUAUUAAUAAUAAUAAUAAUAAUAAUAUUAAUACUCCUCAACCAGUAAACAAUCCUCCAGUUGUAUCAGCUCCGGUUGAUCCAUUUGGGGCCGGUUAUUUCACGCAAACGCCGCCGGUGUUUCCGGCGGGUGGUCCAGCGGUGUCAACCGGAGCGGCGGUUGGACCGCGGCCGAUCCCGGAGGAUUUUUUUCAGAAUACUAUUCCGUCGUUACAGGUGGCGGCUGCGUUGCCGCCCCCUGGCACUUAUCUUUCGAGAUACGAUCAGAAUCCUCAAGGGAGACCAUCCGGGCCUCCCACUAGUGAAAUUCCUCAAGUGCCUGUGAAUGUUCCGGUUUCUACAGAGUCGUUUGGACUUCCGGAUGGCGGUGUGCCGCCACAAUCCAUGGCUACUCCACCUGUUGCCAUGCCGCCGCUUCAGGCGGCGGUCAACGCUCCGGUGUUGACCCAGCCGCUUGAUUUAAGCUCCCUUGAAGGUCCGGGAGCUGUGAAUGUAGUGAAACCUUCUGAGCCUCCUCCUCCAACAUCUGUGCGACCUGGACAGGUUCCACGUGGGGCUGGUGCUUCGAUUUGUUUCAAGACUGGGCUAGUGCAUCUUGAACAGAAUCAACUACCAGAUGCAUUAUCAUGUUUUGAUGAAGCUUUUCUUGCAUUAGCAAAGGACAAUUCUCGUGGAGCUGAUGUAAAGGCACAAGCCACAAUUUGUGCUCAGUAUAAAAUCGCAGUCACCCUACUUCAGGAAAUCGGGCGACUACAAAAGGUCCAAGGUGCAAGUGCAAUAAGCGCAAAAGACGAAAUGGCAAGACUCUCACGUCACCUCGGGUCACUACCACUCCAAGCAAAACACAGAAUAAAUUGCAUACGAACAGCCAUAAAACGAAACAUGGACGUGCAAAAUUACGGAUAUGCCAAACAAAUGCUUGAAUUACUUUUAUCAAAAGCUCCACCGGGUAAACAAGAGGAAUUAAGAAGCUUGAUUGAGAUAUGUUUACAAAGGGGGUUGACCAAUAAGUCAAUCGACCCACUUGAAGACCCUUCACAAUUCUGUGGUGCUACACUUAGCCGAUUGUCGACUAUUGGGUAUGAUGUUUGUGAUGUUUGUGGGGCUAAGUUUUCGGCUUUGGCUUCUCCUGGGUGUAUUAUUUGUGGUAUGGGGAGUAUUAAGCGGUCAGAUGCACUUGUGGGACCCGCUCCUGUUCCUUCGCCUUUUGGGUGAGUGAUGAAUGUGUGUUGUAGGUUUUUUUUGUGUGUAAAGACUAAGAUACCCCCGACAAUUUAGAUUUGAUUUGUGUGUAUACGGAUUCGAAUGGUGGUUUUUGUUUUACGAGGCUUGUUGUAUAAGAGAUAGGUUAAAGCUUGUUUAAAGAGAAGUAUAUUUUUUAUUGCUUA